ACUAGGCUGCUGUGACUGUGCUCCUGAACUUAAUAGCACAUGGUACAAGGAAUGUCAUCUCUGAACUACUUAUUUCUUUUUAUGGCUGUGAUGAAAGGAACCUGUUUUUACACCUUUGUUUAGUGGAUUUGCAAUCACAACCUAGUAAUACCGUAUUUGCAUUUCUUCAGGGGUUCCUCUGUUAUUCCUUAAUAGCUCAUUACUUAAUUUGUCCUAGAAAAUAAGUUGGUGCUUCUGCAUAAUAGAUGAGAUUGGCAUAAACUGGAUUUACAACUACCUGGGCCAUUACAUUUUUGUCCCACUUGUUAAGUGACUUCUAGCCCAUAUCUCCUCAAGUUUCAUUGGGCACUUUAAUUUCUAAUGUCAGAGCUGUUUUUCCACAUAAUACUACUACAGUCAAUCAAGUCAUUUUGUCCUAGUGCCUUAGGCAGAGAUGCUUGUUCUCAGAUGGGUUUUGAGGAACAAAUUAAGGAGUCUUCCAAGGUUUGUGACAACUUUACCUGGGAAGAAACAUUUCUUUGUGCGCCACUUUGGAACCAAUCACAAGGCUACAAUGCAUGGAGCCGGCUCACAACCUAACAUAAAGAACACAUCUACACUACAACAUCUAAGUGACCUUAUGUUUUAUACCCUUUCUGAGGGAAAUGAGCAGCUUCCAGUCUACAAGUUUAUUAAUUCACUGAAAGCAAGUGGCCUGCUCACUUCAGACCCCCGACUGAAGGACUGUAUGGAUAUGCUGGAGCCCUUGAUGCAGGAACCAAUGCUGGGAGCCAUGCUGGACCGGGAGCUCUUCCGAAAAUGUGUUCAGAGUAACAUUGUGCUCCUGACUCAAGUUGUCUGCAAGAAGUUUGUGAUUCCAGAUUUUGCACAGUUCACAUUACAUGUAAACAACCUGUAUGAGAAUGCCCACACCAUACAGGCAGGAGAGGUGGCCGAUUAUAUUCCUCAGCUGUCUAAGUUUAGCCCAGAGAGGUGGGGUGUGUCUCUUUGCACAGUGGAUGGACAAAGGCACUCCAUGGGAGACACAGCUGUCCCUUUCUGUUUGCAGUCCUGUGUGAAGCCGCUGAAAUAUGCCAUUGCUGUAAAUGACAUGGGCACAGACUAUGUUCAUCAGUACAUGGGUAAAGAACCCAGUGGCCAUCGCUUUAACAAGAUGUCACUGAGCCACCAAGAUAAGCCUCACAAUCCCAUGGUGAAUGCUGGAGCCAUUGUUAUCUGCUCAUUGAUUAAGCAUGGCUCAAAUAAGGCAGAUAAAUUUGACUAUAUUACACAGCUACUGAAAAAGAUGUCUGGGAAUGAAUAUGUUGGCUUCAGCAAUGCAAUGUUCCAAUCAGAGAGAGAGACAGGAGAUCGGAAUUAUGCGAUUGGAUAUUAUCUGAAAGAGAAAAAGUGCUUUCCCCCUGGAGCGGACAUGAUGGCCGCUUUGGAUUUGUACUUCCAGAUGUGCUCUGUUGAGGUGACCUGUGAGUCUGGCAGUGUGAUAGCUGCCACUCUGGCUAAUGGCGGAAUCUGCCCAAUCACAGGGGAGCAAGUUCUAAGCGGAGAAUCUGUGAGGAACACACUGAGCUUGAUGCACUCAUGCGGCAUGUAUGACUUCUCUGGCCAAUUCGCCUUUAAUGUGGGACUGCCAGCUAAGUCUGGUGUGUCUGGGGCCAUCUUACUGGUUGUACCCAAUGUCAUGGGAGUUUUCUGCUGGUCUCCUCCACUAGACAGAAUUGGUAACAGCGUGAGGGGGAUUCAUUUCUGCCAGGACCUGGUCUCUCUCUUCAAUUUUCAUAACUAUGACAACCUGAGACACUGCGUUAGAAAACUUGACCCCCGUAAGGAAGCAGGAGAGGCAAGGAACAAGACGGUGGUGAAUCUUCUCUUUGCAGCCUACAGUGGUGAUGUCUCUGCACUCAGAAGGUUUGCGCUGUCGUCUAUGAACAUGGAGCAGAUGGAUUAUGACAGUAGGACAGCUCUACACGUGGCAGCUUCUGAAGGACAUGUGGAUGUGAUCAAGUUCCUGACUGAAGGUUGCAGAGUGAACCCAUUUGUGGAAGACAGGUGGGGAAAUACCGCUCUACAAGAUGCAGUUCGAUUCGGGAGGCACCAGGUGGUGAAUCUACUGACAGACUACCAAGAACACUACAAAAAAAUCCAGAAUGGGGACAAAAUGACAGAAGAGCAAAUAUCCUUGGAGAGCCUUAAGAGUAUGGUGUAGUUUGAUAAAAUGUCAUUAUUUUCCUUCAAGCUUUUAAAAGGUAAAAAAAGCUGCACUUAACGCUUUGAGUAUAAAAAUACAAGCUUGCAAAAAUAAUUGCCAUAUACAAAGCAAACAAUUCUGAAAAUUCAAAACUUUAUUCCCUAUAAAAUAUUUUACUAUGGAUAGUGAAAAAAUCUUUGCAUUGCUCUUUCAUUAUUUAUUUUUUCUGUCAUUUAAAUUUGAAAAUUAAUAUUUUUCCACUGCCCGAAGAGAAGCUCAAGUGUAUUUCGAGGAAUUCAGAACAUUGAUCAGUUUAGGAGCUCUUUAAAACUGCCCCUAAGUCACCACACCAGUUUCAAGGGGUGUGUCCUAAGAAUGCAAAGCAAUUAAAACGUUGCUAGCAGUAUGACAGUUUUAAAUGCAUUUAUUUUAUAAGCAGAUAUUCUGCACUGCAAAUGAUUAUUUAUUGUGCAUAUAUAGAAAAAUUAUGUCUUUUUAUAAAAGAAGCAGAAAGGCAAGGUAAA